GAACGUGGUUACCAACUGCACCGUCUCCGCAAGGAAAUAGACGGACGGAUCGCCCAGAGAAAUCCCUUUCUCUCUCUACUCCCUCCAAUCUCCAUCCCCUGCCUAUUCGCCGUCCCUCUCUCCUGCCUGUCCCCGGCCGCCGCCACCCCACGGCCCACGCGGCCGACGCGCCACCUCCUUCUCUCUGUUCCCCGCCGACGUGGCCGGCGGAUUGCCGGAUCCGCGCGGGAAAGGGAGAUCUAGACCCGUCUGAUCUUGACCCGACCCGUCCCAGCGGCGCAGUUCGGGGAGGUUCCGUGCGGGGGAUUUCGACUCGGGUGGUGGAGCUCUGGGUUCUUGUGCCAGGCGGUUACCUUUGCGUAAUCUAGUAGGAGUCGCCGUGCUCAGCAGUUAUAAGGGAUCGGGCGCUCCAGAUUGAGCCCUGGGAGAGGGCGUCCUCGUGUUGGGAGAGGAUUUUGUGUUCUCUUGCCGUUGGUUCCAUGGCCAGCGGCUCUGAUCCCCCAAAGCAGUACGGAAUAACUAAGCCGUUGUCGUUGCUCGGGCCUGUGGAGGCCGACCUGCAGAGGACGGCGGAACUAGAGAAGUUUUUGGUCGAGGCGGGUCUGUAUGAGAGCCCUGACGAAUCUGCUAGGCGGGAGGAGGUGCUGGGGAAGCUUGGCCAGAUUGUAAAAGACUGGGUGAAGCAAUUGACUAGUCAGAGAGGAUAUACUGAUCAAAUGGUUGAAGAGGCAAAUGCUGUACUCUUCACCUUUGGCUCAUACCGACUUGGGGUUCAUGGACCUGGAGCUGAUGUUGAUACACUCUGUGUUGGACCUUCAUAUGUGAACCGUGAGGAAGAUUUUUUUAUUGUACUGCAUGAGAUAUUAGCACAAACAGAGGAUGUGACCGAGCUGCAGCCUGUACCUGAUGCACAUGUCCCUGUUAUGAAAUUUAAGUUCCAUGGAAUAUCUAUUGACCUUCUUUAUGCCAGUGUCUCCCUCUUAGUAGUACCAGCUGAGUUGGAUAUCUCUCAAGGAUCAGUCCUUUAUGCUGUCGAUGAAGCUACUGUCCGUAGUCUUAAUGGUUGCAGAGUAGCGGACCGAAUCAUUAGACUUGUUCCAAAUAUUGAGAAUUUUCGCACGGCAUUAAGAUGUCUGAAGUGCUGGGCAAAAAGAAGAGGUGUUUACUCUAAUGUUACUGGCUUUCUUGGUGGUGUCAACUGGGCUUUACUGGUUGCACGUGUCUGCCAGCUCUAUCCCAAUGCUGUGCCAAGUAUGCUUGUCUCACGGUUUUUUAGAGUUUUUACACAAUGGCAGUGGCCAAACCCGGUUAUGCUUUGUUCCAUAGAAGAGGAUGAACUUGGCUUCCCCGUUUGGGAUCCACGUAAAAAUCCUCGAGAUAAAUGUCAUCACAUGCCUAUUAUAACCCCUGCAUACCCGUGCAUGAACUCGAGCUAUAAUGUUUCCACAAGCACGCUGAGGGUCAUGGUGGAACAGUUCCAAUUUGGUAAUAAAAUUUGCCAGGAAAUUGAAAUGAAUAAGGCCAGCUGGUCUGCUCUGUUUGAGCCUUUUCAAUUUUUCGAAGCAUACAGGAAUUAUCUACAGGUUGACAUCAUUGCCGAGGAUGAUGAGGACCUUAGACUUUGGAAAGGAUGGGUUGAAUCUCGCUUGCGACAACUAACUUUGAAGAUUGAACGUGAUACAUAUGGAAUGCUGCAGUGCCAUCCUUACCCACAUGAGUAUGCAGACCCUUCUAGGCAGUGUGCUCAUUGUGCUUUCUUCAUGGGCUUAUCAAGAAAAGAAGGUGUGAAAAUACAGGAAGGACAACAGUUUGAUAUUCGUGGAACAGUGGAUGAGUUUAGGCAUGAAAUCAACUUGUAUAUGUUUUGGAAGCCUGGGAUGGAGUUAGCUGUUUCUCAUGUUCGGAGGAAGCAGAUCCCAGCUUAUGUGUUUCCAGAGGGUUAUAAAAGACCUCGCCCUUCAAGACAUGUGAACCAUCAGUCUGAUAAAAAUGACACAGAAGAUGGCACAAUGAUCAGUUCUCCGGACAGUCAGCUGAAGAGGAGGCACAAUUCUGUUGGAACUGAUGAUAUUGAACCCAGCUGGCCUGCUAAGAGGUCAUCAGUCAGCCCAGUUCAUCCGAAAAAUUCACCUCAAUCUGGGAGCUCUGGUGAUGAGACUAGAUGUAACAACCAAAUAAAAAGGGCUCCUAGUGAUGCGACUGGUGGCAGUCCGGCUUCACCUCAGGCAUUAGAGAGAAGCCCAGAUACUAUUAUGUCUGCCCCUAGGUGUACGACUGCAGGAGCAGUGUGUUCUGGUGAUGCAAUUAAUAAGCAUGAUGUUCCUCAUGUUGAGAACUGCAACACUCCAACUGUAGCCGUGUGCACAACUUUGAAGCGUGUAGCGGAGAAAGUUGUAUCAGAGCUAGUUGGAAGUGAAAGGAUGGGGAACAACAACAGUGCUGAAUCGCUGGAGAGUAUGGAAAAGGCUGAAAAUGUUUGUUUUAGUGGGAAUGGAGUUAGUCAAGGUGGCCUUCCAGAAGAGUUAGAGCCAAACCAUAGGAUUGAAGUGGUUUCUUAAGCUGAUGCAGGUAUGAACAAGGAUACAUCGUGGAAAUCAUUACUGAGGAUCAGUGGCGUCAACGACACAAAAUUGAAGGAAGAAUUGUGGAGAUAGACAAGUUCUACCGCUUGCUGGGUGGAAUGGUAAGUAGCUCAACUCACAAGUUUCCUUCUGGACACAGAUUUGCAAUUGCGGAGGUUUCUCUGACAGGAGAUGGUCGAAAAUCAUGCCUUGUAACGGCAUGGCAAAAAACAACAAAGAAGAUUUCGUGUAAGGGCAUGGUCGAAUAUUAUGUCUUGCUGGUACACUCUAGAUCAGCAUGGACUUUUAGUUUUUGGUUUUUACUUGUUGAGCAGCUGGCUUCCCAGAGUUGACUUGUUUGAGUCUGUGAUGCCCCUGCCAUGCUGUUUUCUAGAAUAGAACUAGAUGAGAUGCUGUGUCCCCUAAGGCCCUUUUGUACCUCUCCUUUGUAAUAUAAGAUUUUUUUGACUUUCUUGUUAGUGGUACCAUUCAUGUGAUGAUUCUGAUGAGUUAUAAGGUCAGAUUUUCUGUUUUGGUGCUCA